AUGGAGAGAAGCAGUCCCCAUCGACGUGGAAACUUUAGCUUUAAGAAUGUGAACAUUUCUGGUAGUUCCAGUAUUGACUUGGAAACAAUUGGGAUAAAUCAGAACGGUCCUGAACUUGGCCCAGCAUUAAAGAAUCUGAAGUUCAAGGGCCUUGCAGGUGAUUUCAGGCUUGUUGACGGGCAAUUACAGUCAUCAAUUUUCGAGAUACUUAACGUGAAUGGCAGGGGAGAAAGAAGGAUAGGGUUUUGGACACAGAAAAAUGGACUCAGCAAAAGAAUGUUGGAUGAAACAAAUAGUACAAAAUAUUGCACUUUGAAUACCUGCCUAGGACCUAUUAUAUGGCCUGGAGAUUCUACAUAUGUUCCAAGAGGAUGGGAAAUUCCAACAAAAGGGAAAAAGUUGGUAAUAGGAGUUCCAGUGAAGGAUGGUUUUCGCGAAUUUGUGAAUGUGACAUUUGAUCCCACUAAUAAAACCAAGGAACUCACUGGAUACAGCAUGGAUAUAUUUAAGGCUUUGUUGAAUGAAUUACCUUACCUUGUUCCCUACGAGUUCAUUCCCUUUGCAAUGCCAAAUGGCACAGGCGCUGGCACUUACAAUGAUUUGAUCUAUCAAGUAUUUCUCCAGAACUUGGAUGCGGCAGUUGGGGACAUAACGAUUCGAGCAAACAGGGCAUUAUAUGUGGAUUUUACAUUGCCCUACACAGAAUCAGGGAUGUCCAUGGUGGUGCCAGUCAAAGACGGUAGAAGAAAAGAUGCAUGGGUUUUCUUGAAGCCUCUCACUUGGGAACUUUGGACAACAAGCGUUGGUUUCUUUCUUGUCAUUGGUUUUGUUGUUUGGCUUCUUAAACAUCGAAUCAAUGAAGACUUCAGAGGGCCUCCUCAUCAUCAAAUUGGUACAAGUUGUUGGUUUUCCUUCUCAACCAUGGUUUUUGCUCGCACCAGCUUAUCCUCCCUUCUAACCGUACAACAGCUCCAACCAGCCAUUAAUGACGUCAACCACAUCCUGAAGAAUAAGCAGAACGUUGGAUACCCGAAGGGAUCUUUUGUGUAUGGAAUUUUGAGAGAACUGGGCUUUGACGAUCAUAAUCUAAAACCUUAUCACUCUCCUGAACAAUUGAAUGAACCUUUUGCAAAUUGGAGUGGAAAUGAUGGUAUAGUUGCUGCUUUUGAUGAAAAACCCUCUUUGAAAUCUUUUCUUGCAAAAUAUAAAAUAAUGUAA